AAUGUACUCAAAAUUAUCCCUUUCACAUUUCAAAAUGCUCUCUGUUCAGUCCAACAACACCCACUACGAAUUGUGCUACAGGGAAACAAUGUCCAGAGACACCCUAAAGAUUCAUUUUUUUUUCUUUAAGGAUCACCCCAUCUCCAGAACUACUGAAGAUUCUUCAAGAGAGUCUAUGGACACUAACUUUCUCCCACAUCAUUCCAUAUCAGUUGAGUCUAAAGGUAUACUAGACUCUGAUUCUUCCUCAGACAUCAGCCCAUAAGUGAUCUCUUUUUCCUUUUCCCCCAUGGGCAUCCCUAGUGAAGCCACAACAACAGGGUGGGAACCUAACACUAGGAGACAUCCUCAAACUAAUCUAGGCAACUCCUUUCACAAAAGGAUCUCUCCCUCAGGGUAAUGCAUCAGCCCAACAUUUACUGUCUUCAUCUGACUCAGUGUCUGUUAGCAAAGUUCCCAUUUCCAUGACAACACAUACAGUUGAUUCUGACAUCACAAAGAAGGCCCCUAUAAAAGGAAUCAACUCAACUCAUUUGAGCUACCUUACACUAAGGUCCCCUUUACCUUUACCUGAUCCUUAACCUUUACAUUAUCCUUUACCUUUACCUGAUCCUUAACCUUUACCUUAUCCUUUACCUUUACCUUUACCUCAUCCUUUACCUCUUUUCACCACUUCUACUACACCAUGGGUUCGCGGUGUAGUACUUUGCUGACAAAAAGAAAAGUGACAGAAUUCAACAGAAGGCUGCCUUCUGGAACAAAAAAUGUUGACACCUCUUUGUCUUAUGGUAGUACCAUCGCCCCAUCAGAUGACUACUUGGUGUUCACGACUGCCUACAACACUUCAGGUUAUAAACAUCAAAUGAGCUUCCCUUGCUUCACAAACAAAUCAUGGAGCUCUUGCUACAAGACCUUCACACUCAGCUUCACUAUUACCAACAUGUUUUACACAACAAAGAUGAGUCAAAAGGAUUCCAGAACAUUCAAGACUGCUGAGCAUAUCCUGCAAGUCCUGCUCAAGGUAUUGUUUCGAAGGAGCAGGCUUGGAUCUCAGUAUUAUGGAUGCAGUGGGAUCUCACUGAGGUCUCUGAAGAACAACAUAGCAACUGCAGUGAAUGUACUUUGCAUUUUUAAGAAGGACUCCUCCAAGCCUGUAGUGAACAAAAAGAAGGUUUACUGGGAGCUGACUGAACAGCUCUACAGAAGAAAUCUAAAACACCUGGUUAUAGAGAAUGAUAGCCUCUUUGUGAAUGGGUAUCACUAUAAGCUGCCAGGAAUCAGAUCCACAAAGAUGCCUGUCACCCUUAUACCAGACCAUGGAGCAUCAGAAGACAUUGAAUCACUGACUAGUGGUCUCUUGAUUCGUGAAUCCACUCUAUGUGCUAUAGGGCUCAGUGCAGAAAGCAAGGGCAGGAUAAGGACCAGAGCUGGAAAAGUAAAGACCACUACAACUUGUAGCCCUGCAGUAAGAACACACUCUGUUCUGGCAACAAUAACAACCCCAACCACUCCCUCUGGUACUUCGUUUUUGGAAAGAAUCACUGUGCCUGCUUCCUCUGCCUUGCCAGAGACAAUGGUAGCACCAGCUGCCUGGUCUGGAGUGAUCAGCCCAUCUAAAACUGUGUUCGUUGCUGAAAUAUCUACCCCACCUGUGGCUGGGACAGGAGGAGGGAACUCCAUAGGUGUUCCUUCAAACCCUGCUAUCCAUGACACCACAGCAUCAACCACAACCUUCCCCUUGACCAAUGUGCUCCCAGCAGGGUCUACAAGCACUUCAGCCACAAGUCUUUCCAGUGUCAGUAGAGAAGAUCCAAAGCCAAUGACCUCUCUGGACACAGUGAAUUCAGAGACCACAGCAAUGACUACUGCAAAGAAAGGGCUGGCCCUGACUGACUCCACAGCCACAAUGGACAACAGCAGAGGAUCUGAGACUGUGGUUCUGUCCACAAGUGAUUUGCCUACCACCUCAGCCUCCCCUCUCAUUAUCACAAAUAAAGUAUCCACCGGGACCACCAUGACAACUAUUGCAGACACUGCAGCAGGGAGCUCCUACUCCAAGAUUUUCACCCUCAACUUUACCAUCACCAACCUGUUUUACACAACAAAGAUGGGCCACAGAGACUCCGGAACAUUUAAAGCUGCUGAGAAUGUCAUCAAAGUACUGCUCAAGUCUGUGUUUGCAAUGACCAACCUUGGCUCUCACUAUUCUGGAUGCAGUGUGAUCUUGCUGAGGCCUCUGAAGAAUGGGACAGCAACAGGAGUGGAUGUUCUGUGUACUUGUCAGGAAGAUUCCUCCAACCCUGUUCUGGACAAAGAGAAGGUUUACUGGGAGCUUAGUGAACAAAUAUAUAGAAGAAAUCUAAGACACCUGCUUAUAGAGAGAGACAGCCUCUUUGUGGAUGGGUAUAAUCAUAAGAUACCAGGCAUCAGAUCCACAAACAGGCCCAGUGCAGAAAGCAAGGGCAGGAUAAUGACCACAGCUGGAGAGCCAGAGACCAUAAUGACUACAACUUCCAGCCCUGCAGUAAGAACACACUCUGUUCUGGCAACAACAGUCUCAACCACUGCCUCUGAUAUUGACUUGGAAAAAAUCACUUUGCCUGCUUCCUCUGCCUUGCCAGAGACCAUGGUAGCACCAGCUGCCUGGUCUGGAGUGGAGAUGAGCCCAUCUGAAACUAUGUUCAUUGCAGAGGGCUCAACACUACCUGGGACUGGGACAGAAGGAGGGAGCCCCAUAGGUGUCCCUUCACACCCUGCUACCCAUGACACCACAGCAUCGACCACAGCCUUCCCCUGGACCAAUGUGCUCCCAGCAGGGUCUACAAGCACUUCAGCCACAAGUCUUUCCAGUGUCAGUAGAGAAGAUCCAAAGCCAAUGACCUCUCUGGACACAUCUGCUUCAGAGACCACAGCCAUGGCUACUGCAAUGGAAGAGCCAGCCCUGACUGAAUCCACAGUCACAAUGAACAUCAGCAGAGGAGCUGAGGCUGUGGUUCUGUCCACAAGUGAUUUGCCCACCAGCUCAGCUGUCCCACUCAUUCCCACAGAUAAAGUAUCUACCAGGACCACCAUGACCACUAUUGCAGACACUGGUCUGGAUGCUGUUAACCAGCCUGAGCUGUCUGAAAUACAAAGUCCACAAAUCGUCACUGAAUUCUCCCAGAAGAGUGAUGCAGGAUUCCCAUUGUCUUCUACUGCAACUGAGGCAACUGGAGCAAUGACCAUAACAUCUUCCACUCUCCUCUCAGGAUUGGGGGAGAGCCAGUCUUCCAUAGGCAGCAUUUCAGGAACAGAGGCCAUCGGAGACUCUCCCACCCUGUUCUCCUCUUUAGAAAGCACCAGUCCUGAGUAUGAGUUGAGCACUGAAGAAGCACUGUCUACUCUGCCAACAGAAAAAUUACUCGAAAUGGUCUCCAGAUCACUUACUAUUAUUUCCAAGAUGCCUUCUAAUGUCACUGCUUCAGCAUCAAGGACAAAUCUCCAAGGGUUGGAAAGUCAACGCAUGUCUGCCCUGGAGGCCAAUGAUGACCUAGCAGUAGGCACUGGCCCUGGUGUGACCUUUACCUCUCCAAUAUCAAAGGGCACAUCUUUUAACAAUAUGGAUAUAGAUGUGGAAACUGCGUCAAAAUUAGCUCCAUGGUCAGCCAGCUCCUCAUCACAAGUAGAAGCCAGUUCUCCCGAUCUGGUUGUCACCACAGGAGAUGAACCCUCACUAGGAAUAGAACCUCACAAUCCCAUUCAUGAAUCUCUGAGUCCAAGGUCAGGAUUCUUUCCUGCCUUAAGUACCUCCAAGACCUGGACAAGCACAGCUUCCCUUGAGGCUGCUACUUCAUUGGAGGACCCAGGGCCAGCCGGCCUGAAUCCAGAGACUGAGAGAAACCCACAGGCAACACCAAAUCCAGCUAUCACCCUGCCUCCAGCCAGCACAGAGGAAGUUUGCACAACAGCAUCUCCCAGUCCUCCUGACACAACCACAGAGGGCAGCAGUGUCCAGGCAGGGACAGCCUCUAUUUCUGAUGAAGUGCCUUCCACUUCAGGCCUCUUCCCAAGUGGUGAUGCUGUUGUGGUGCCAGUCACACGUGCCCAAAGUCUUAGAGCACCAAGAUGCACAGUAGCACCGAUAAGCAGCCCCCUGACCCCUGUUUUUAUUCCCACAGGGAAUGAGAUUGCUGUAGGGCCCAUCACUUAUAUCCCAGACCAUGGAGAGCCAGGAGACAUGACAUCAGUGACCAGUGGCCUCCUGACCUAUGAAUCCACCCUAGGUGCCAUGGCCAUAAGUGCCACAGAAACCACACCAGAUCCAGACUUGUCAAUGAGACAUACCACACUAGAGCCAGGCUCAGAUGCCCUACCUUCCACUGCUCCCAGCAUUAUUCCAACACCAUCUGGAGAAGACACAAAUACCCCAUUGUUGCCUAUAGAAGGACCAGCAGAAGAUAAAACAGAGUCCAGCACCUUCUCAGCGAAUUCAGACACCCCUGCAAUAAGCCAGAGGGAGCACAUAUUCUUCACAGGUCCUGGAGUAACUUUUCAACCUGACAUGACCUCUACUUCUCUGCUCAAUUUAAGUGAAGGGACUAGUUACUCCAGAACUAUCCCCUCACCCUCUUUAGGGAGUAGAAAAAGCACUGCCAUUAUUGGAGUCUGGACAAGCCCAGCUGAACCUCUCACUCCGGAGCCUAAGAAGCCCACCUCUGCUGAGGGUUCAUUCUCUGUUGGACCAGUGACUGAAUUUAGCAGCAGAGAAAGUGGACAUUUACAGAAUAGCUUGGCCCCCAGCAUCACCCCAGAAUGGGAGACCAGUAGACCCGGCACCACUACAGAGUCAGAUAUCAGCACACUCAUCCCUGGCAAUUUUCAUCCUUCUGGGGGCACUGCUGACCUCAUGUCAAGCCCUGUGGAAGGCUCCAGUCCAAAGCCAGCUGUCUAUACCUCUCCACCCCACACCACAGGUACUACAGGGACAAGGCUGGGAGGAGAGACAGACUCAUACUUGGUGUUGACUACACCAGCACCUGCUGUCUCUAUCAGCAGCAUCUCUGGGGCUCUCCUUGGUACAAGAACAGUGGUUCCAUGGUCUUCAAAUUCAGCUGAAGCUACAGAUCUUACCAUGAAUCGCCUUGAUCCUAUAUCCAUGUUGCCAUCCAAAUUCUCUACUUCAUCUCCUGUAACAUUUUCAGGGGUUACUUACAAGGAUGAAGACAAGAGCUCCAAUGUUCCUGGGACUGACAGCAUAAGUGUCAUCUUCAGCAGCAAGGUCACAGACAGGGUCUCUCUCCAUCCUGAGAUCACUCCUAACCAAAAUCUACUGGGCACAAUGGAAGAGAGCACAGGUGCUUUGCUGACCCCUUCUUUGCCUGGACCUCCUGGGUCUUCAGCUGCUACUAUGGGAGGUGUAUUGAACAUGUCAGGUACCACUCCUGGCUCAACUCCACAGGUGACUUUAGCUUAUGAAAUCUUAACUAGAGACUUAGAGAAGACCUCAGACUUCCCACUGGCCAUGGAAAAUACAACUAAGUCUGUCCCAGCCAAGAUGAUGGGUGAUACCUCCAUGGCUUCCAUGAGCCCAGAUUCUCAAGUGAGUUCAGCAUUGCAUCUUACCACCACAAGUAGGCCCGUGACUCUCCCUGGACAAAGCAUAGUCCUUCUUUCAUCAACCAUAGCUGAAGCUGGGGCUCUCACCCUCACUGGGACAGAUAGCACUCCUACAUGGCAAAGCACACACUCUUCAACUACUAUAACCUCAUCUAAGGUUACCCCCAUGACCAAGAACAUGAGACCAGCUCCCCCCAGGACUGACUCCAUGCACCUAAUUUCCAGCACAAAAAUCAUAGACGUUGUUCCCUUUCCCCGUGUGUUCACUCUUAGCCAUGAGCUCCUAAAUUCAGUGGUAGAGAAUAACACAGAUGCCCCACUGACCACUCCUAAAUCCCCAGUGCUCUCAGACACUUGUCCUGGAGGCUCAUUGGUCACCUCUGCUGACUCAGCUGUCCUGGGGACAACAGCUCAUGGUGAGCCACGUGGAGCAUUAGAAAAAGACUCAACACUUUCUGUGAACACUUUUACCACAAAGAUCAGAGAAAAUACUGUUACAGCAAAAGUGAUAGAAGGUAGCACUUUAGCUCCUCCAAGGAUCAACACAGGAGCUGAAGGAAGAUCAUCUAUUCCUUUUGCUACAAAUCUAGGAGAGAUUCAAAAAAGUUCUAAGGCUGUGACUCCCAGAGACACAAGCCCUUCCUCCCUGUGGCCAGCAGUGACCACAGCGACUCCUUUUGAUAUUGGUUCAAGUCUUGAUGAUGUGACCCAGGCUGAGCUGUCUGAAAUUCAAAGCCCACUGAUCAUCACUGAAGUCCCACAGAAGAGUGAGGCAGGAUUCCCAUUGAAUAUUCAAAGUCAAAGUAUAUCUACCCUGGAGGCCAGUGAUGCAGUAGGCACUGCUCCUACUGUGACCUUUGUCUCUCCACUACCAAAUGUCACUGCUUCUAGCAGCAUGGAUGUCGAUGUGGAAACUGUGUCAAGAUUAGCACCCUGGACAGCCAGCUCCUCAUCACAAGUAGAAGUCAGUUCUCCCAAUCUGGUUGUCACCACAGGAGAUGGACCCUCACUAGGAACAGAACCUCACACUCCCAUUCAUGAAUCUCUGAGCCCAGGGCCAGGCUUAAGUACCCCCAAGGCCUGGACAAGCACAGCUUCCCUUGAGGCUGCUAAUUCAUUGGAGGACCCAGGGCCAGCUGGCCUGACUCUAGAGUCAGAGAGAAACCCACAGGCAACACCAAAUCCAGCUAUCACCCUGCCUCCAGCCAACACACAGGAAUUUCGCACAACAGCAUCUCCCAGUCCUUCUGACACAACCACAGAGGGCAGCAGUGUCAAGGCAGGCACAGCCUCUGUUUCUGAUCAAGUGCCUUCCACUUCCAGCCUCUUCCCCAGAGGUAAUGCUGGUGUGGAGCCAGUCACACAUUCCCAAAGCCCUGGAGCACCAGGAACCACAGUAGCACUGAUAAGGAGCCCCCUGACCCCUGUGUCUACUAUUAUGCCCACAGCAUCAGAGAGCUCCUACUUGAAGGUUUUCAACCUCAAAUUCACCAUCCUCAACCUGUUCUACAUAAAAGACAUGGGUCAAAGGGGCUCCAGCAAAUUCAACUCCAUUGAGGAUGGCCUGCAACACCUGAUCAACUCCUUGUUUAGAAAAAACAGCUUUGGCUCUCACUAUUUUGGAUGCAGGCUGACUUUGUUAAGAUCUAUGAAGAAUAGGACAGCAACAGGAGUGGAUGUCGAUUGUGCUUACCAUGAAGAUUACUCCAUCCCUGUCCUGGACAGAGAGAAGAUUUACUGGGAGCUGAGUGAACAGACCCAUGGAAUAACAAGACUGGGUCCCUACAUGAUAGAUAAUGAAAGCCUCUAUGUGGAUGGUUACAAUCAUUUGGCCGUGGCCCCCACCAAAAUGCCACCAGACCCAGCAGUAGCACCUGGUUGUCCCCUGUGGGCCACAGAGCCUGGAGGCUCCCAAGCUGCCAGCUUAAGCUUCCAGUCUUUCACCACCAUUCCCAAGGUGCUGUACACAGAAGAUAUGCAUCUUUCUGGAUCUGACAAGUUCAACUCCACCAACAGAAUCCUGCAGCGACUUAUGAAGAAUGGCUCAGAAUCUGGAGUGAGUGACCUGUGCACACAUAGGAGAAACCCCAGAAGCUCUGACGGGAACCAAGAAAAGGUUCACUGGGAGCUGAGCAACAAGAAAAAGCACAUCACUAAGCUGGGGUUAUCCUCCUCCCUUGAAAAGGGACAGUCUACUCAAUGCUGAGCAGCACAACAGAAUCCCUUGCCUUUUCCUCUAUCCCCAUGCUAUUUUGACCCCCUCCUCCUAAAUUUCCAUUCUGAUUCUAAACUUAUUAAUCUGUCAAAGAAUCAUUAUUUCUCAAUAACAUUUUAUUAUACCAACCAUGGAAAAUAAACCCUGCCCCUAUCUACUUUCCAUGGAUUUCUUUCAUUGGGAUUUUCUGUGUUAUUGUAUCUUAGGUGCAGAAACAGAGACAUCUCAAUUUCCUGUUCUAUUCAAUGCUUUUACUUCUAUUUUUGAAAACCCUUCAUCCUUUGUCAUAAACUUGAAUCUAAGUAUCACCUCCAAGGAAAAGAGCAGUAAGUGGAGGAGGAGGCUAGUCGUUUAGGGAUAUGUGAUUUAUGGCUAGUCACAGCUAGGGUGUGUCUGAGGCCAGAACUGAACCUAAGACUAUCCAUCUCAAGACCUGGCUCUCUAUCCACUGAGUCACUUAGCUGCCCUCAUGCUAUGUUUUUAAAAAAUAAUUUGCAAUUUCUGGUUUCAGAGUCAAGAUAGCAGAGUAGAAGCAAAGAAUCUCAAAGCUACCAUGAGAAGAAGGGAGGAUAAUGAUGGAGAUUGGGAAUGCUUAAACUUUCCUCUCAUCAUAAUUGGCUCAGAGAGGAAAAUAAUCAUAUUCAUCAGGGUAAAGAAUCAUAUCUUAAUGUAUAAAAAAUAGGAGGGGACUGUAACAAGAGAAGAGGGAUGGUAAAUGGGAGGGAGGAGGAAAUAAAGGGGAGAUAAAAAGCAAGACACUGCUGAGGUUAGAGGGAAAGGAAAAAGAACAUGAUCAAAACGGGAAAACAAGAUGGAAGGGAUUAUAUACAGUUGGUGAUGAUAACUGAGCAUGUGAAUGGAAUGAAUUUACCCAUAAAAUGGAAGUGGAUUAUAGAGUGUAUUAAAAACUAGAAUUUUAUCAUAUGUUUUUUUACAGGAAAUGCAUUUGAGGCAGGGUGACCCAAAUAGAUUAAAGUGAGGUACUGGAGCAGAAAUCAUUGUACAUCUAAAGUAAAAAAAAAAAAAGCAGGAGUAGCAAUCAUGAUUUUAGACAAAGCUAAAAGAAAAAUAGACAUGAUAAAAAAGAUAAGGAAGGAGAUUACAUCUUGUUAAAAGAUACUAUAAACAAUGAAGUAAUAUCAGUACUAAACAUAUAUGUACUGAUUGGUAUAGCCUCUAAAUUUAAAAAGAAAUUAAAAGAACAUCAGGUAGAAAUAGACAGUAAAACUAUACUAGUGGAGGGCCUUGGCUUCCCCCUUUCAGAACUAAAUAAAUAAAACCAAAAUUUAAACAAGAAACAACUAAAGGAAGAGAAUGGAAUCUUAGAAAACUUAGAAGUAAUACAUCUCUGGAUAGAACUGAAUGAAAAUAGAAAACAAUAUACCUUUUCAGCAGUAAAUGGCUUCUACACAAAAAGUGACCAUGUAUUAGGGCAGAAAAACUGCAUAAAAAAUGCAGACAAGCUGAAAUAACAAAUGCAUCCUCUUGAGAGCAUAAUGCAAAAAAAUAAUAAUGAAAAAUAGUUCCAUGUAAAGGUAAAUCAAAAAUUAAUUUGAGACUAAAAAAACUAAUGUUAAAAAUAAAGGGUGGGUUAAAGAACAAAUUAUAGAAGCAAUCAUUUUAUUCAUGAGAAUGACAAUGAGUCAACAUCAAAAUUACUGGGACAUCACCAAAGCAGUACUUGGGAGAAAGCUUAUAUUUCUAAAUGUUUAACAUCAAUAAAAUAGAGAAAAUUCCAAUCAAUGAAUUGGGUGUACAAAUAAAAAUUGGUGUGUGGAAAGAAAAGAACUAAUUUGUUCUUCUAUGGGUAGAUGUGUAUUCUAGACCCCAUUAGGGAAUGAAAGCCUGUUUAGGAUUUCAGAAUAAGGCCUCGAGUACUUAUUAUGUCCACAGACUCCAGUAAGUUGGGAGGCCUCAUCUCAAGGAAGAAAACCAUUAGGAUAUCCUACCUCCUUAUCUCCUCUGACUUUUAGGAGCCAGAGGCAUCCCUCAUGAGGACAUGACUAUCCUUUCAUAGCCUCACCCCUCUCCCCCACUCCUCUGUGCAAGCUCAUGAUGAAGCACAUGCUGUGCCAGUUUUUUGGGUUUUUUUCUGAUUGAGUAGGCCUUCAUGCCUAGAUUGUAAGUUCAGCCCCCAUAACAUGGGGUAUUGGUCAGAGUAGGGUGGGGAUUUUGUAUUAGGAAUCUAUAAAAUAUUGUAUCUGCUCUCAUGUAUUGGGAAUUGACAUUAGGGAGGGGUCCCCUUCGUCAUGAGGAGGAGUAAAGACUGCAUCUUCUAUCCACUCUGACCCUAGGUUUCUAAUUAUAAUUUGGGUCAGUGGUCAUUUUAUUUCAUCCUACACACUAGAGGCCAAAUUAAAACCUCAUUUAAUUAAAGACCAAAUUGGAAGUCCUAAAAUUUAAAUGAGAAAUUAAUAAAAUUAAAAGUAAAAAACAUUGAACAAAUGAAUAAGAAUAGAAGUUGCCUUAUGAAAAAAUCAAAAUAGCAUUGGUUAAUUUGAUUAAGAAAAAAUAACAAAUAAUCAGUAUCAAAAUUGAAAAGGGAGAGCUCACCACAAAUGAGGAGCAAAUUAAGGCAAUCAGGAGGCAGAGUCAAGAUGGAGGCAUAGAGGCAGUGAAAGUUCAGACCUCUGAAAACCCUUCCUGACCAAUGAAAAACCAAAUGCUCCUAGGAGUUUGGUUUGUAGUUUAAGUAGUAGAGUUCACUGCCACAAGCUGCUAGUAAGACAUUCAAGCAGAGCCAAUAUGUGCUUGCUAGCUCAAGCAAUUCAAACUGUUCUUUGAGAGUUUGAAGAAUGGUUUGGAAUAGCAUUUUAUUUUCAAAAAAAAAAGGAAGCAUAAAAAGGAAGCAUGGAAAGGAAUUAGUUUAGGAGGCUUGGAAAAAUAUUUUUCUUUCACCUCCUCCCUAGGGGCAAAAGUUCCAAGGAAAACAAUAGCGUAUUUGCAUAUGAUAGGGAAAGUACUGCUCCUUUUGUGUCAAGAGAAAGAAGGGAAAAAAACAGACUUAUUUCCUAAAACUGACUAACACCUUCUAAACUAGGAGUACAGGGUUAGCUUAAAAAAAUCUGCUUGAAAAAUGGAAGGUGUGGGGUUCUUUUCUCUACACUGAAAAAUGGCUAUGGUGGGCUAGAAACACACAUGUGGAGUGUAGAAAGGGAUUAGGAUGGAAAGAAACAUCAUCCUCUGUGGAAAAAAUAUGGCUGGGAUUGGCAGGCUUUUGUAGUGGGUCUGGUCUCAGCAAGAGGAGGCGCCAAGCUGGGUGGAGAGCAGUGAGGAAUGCUGGCUCAAGCAGAUGGACAGGAGAAACAGCAGGCAGCAGCAGGUGACAGGGCAGGGAAGGAGCACAGGUACACCCCAAACACUCUACCACCAGACCCUCCUGGUGGGCAGUGACCACGCAAACUUACUAUCUUUACUGUUAGGCUAUCUGCUCAAAAAUGUUUGAGAAUUUAUAAUUGCUUUCUGGUAAGUCAAAAUGUAAAGAUUAAAAUUAAUAUAUAAUAACUGACAUGGGCACUGUACCCCCAGAAACCCAGGUGAAUUAUUAUCAGGGAAACUCCCUUGCUUUGCCUCCUCCUGACUCUUAACCUAGAAACACCCAAUGACCCCACCCAGGGUCCUGAGAUGUUUAUACUCUUUGAUAGUCCUUUAGACUUAAGAUAGACAAAGAGGUGAAUCUUUAUGCCUCCAGGCAGGCCCCAGUCAGAUGACCACCUCACCCCACCAAAUGCCUGAGGGACUAACACUCUAUAAGUCAUGUCCACACCAUGACAUAGCAUCUCUUGUAAAAAGUAUAAAAUCCCCAGAACUGAUGUCUUCUGGGGGACAGCCUGUCCAUCCAUGCUGUCCCCAUGGAGGAACAGCCUUUCCAUUCAUGCUGUCCUCCCAGGACCUGCUCCCCAUCUCACUGUCCCACCUUGCUAUCCUCCUGGCCAUUCUCAACAUUACUUUCUAAAUUAAUAAAUUUUUCUUUUUGUUUUUAAGCCAA